AAACUUUUCUCCUCCAACAACAUGAAGUUAUGAUUAUUUUCUUACCUGUUUUGUCACAAUAUAAUAUAAAUUGAUUAAUAAACACAUGUGAUUAUGGAGUAAUCUGCAUAUCUCUCUCUUAAAAGAAGCAACGACAGUAACAAAACAAAUCUGCAAAAUCCUCUGUUUUCAUGGAAACUCAAGACUGACGACAAUCAUAACACUUAACAAUCUACGGCUUUUUUCUUCAUUCUAUGUCUGCCCAGAAGGAUAAAGUAUUGAUCUUUACGAUUUUCUGACGACAUAUAGAGAGAUCUUUUGUCACUUGUCAGCACUUAGACCAUGGCGGCUGCUCUGUUUUCGACGGCUAUUCUGCUCUGUUUAUUACCGGUUUUAGUUUUGUCUAACGGUUUCCCGGCGGCAAUGAAACUAGAAAGAGCUGUUCCGGCGAAUCACGAGAUGGAAAUCAGUCAACUCAAGGCUCGUGACAGAGCAAGACACGGCAGAUUGUUACAGAGUCUCGGCGGAGUAAUUGAUUUCCCCGUCGACGGAACUUUUGAUCCUUUCGUUGUUGGAUUAUACUACACGAAACUGAGAUUGGGAUCUCCUGCAAGAGACUUUUAUGUACAGAUUGACACAGGAAGUGAUGUUUUGUGGGUUAGUUGUGCUUCUUGCAAUGGCUGUCCUCAAACCAGUGGUCUCCAAAUUCAGUUGAAUUACUUUGAUCCAGGGAGCUCAGUAACAGCGACACCAAUCUCAUGUUCUGAUCAAAGAUGCAGCUGGGGUGUUCAGUCCUCUGAUUCAGGCUGUUCUGUUCAGAAUAACCUUUGCGCUUACACGUUUCAGUAUGGUGAUGGAAGUGGCACCUCAGGGUUCUAUGUCUCUGAUCUCUUGCAGUUUGAUAUGAUUGUAGGAAGCUCUCUUGUCCCUAACUCAACGGCUCAGGUUGUAUUCGGAUGCAGCACCUCACAGACGGGAGAUCUAGUGAAGUCAGAUCGAGCUGUUGAUGGCAUCUUUGGGUUCGGGCAACAAGGAAUGUCUGUGAUAUCUCAGCUUGCUUCACAAGGAGUAGCUCCUAGAGUGUUCUCACACUGCUUGAAAGGAGAAAAUGGAGGCGGAGGAAUAUUGGUUCUUGGAGAGAUUGUGGAGCCAAACAUGGUCUUUACUCCACUGGUUCCCUCACAGCCUCAUUACAAUGUGAAUCUGCUGAGCAUCUCAGUGAAUGGCCAAGCUUUACCUAUCAAUCCAUCAGUCUUUUCCACAUCAAACGGUCAGGGAACAAUCAUUGAUACUGGUACAACAUUGGCUUACCUUUCUGAAGCAGCCUAUGUUCCUUUCGUUGAUGCUAUCACAAAUGCUGUUUCACAGUCUGUGAGACCAGUUGUUUCGAAAGGGAAUCAAUGUUACGUAUUAACCACCAGUGUCGCAGAAGUGUUUCCACCAGUCAGCUUGAACUUUGCUGGUGGAGCUUCCAUGUUCUUGAAUCCUCAGGAUUACCUCAUACAACAAAACAACGUUGGAGGUACUGCAGUGUGGUGCAUUGGUUUUCAGAGGAUACAAAAUCAAGGGAUAACGAUUCUUGGAGAUUUGGUUCUUAAAGACAAAAUAUUUGUCUAUGAUCUGGUUGGUCAGAGAAUCGGAUGGGCUAACUAUGACUGUUCAAUGUCUGUAAAUGUCUCUGCGACUAGCAGCAGCGGAAGAAGCGAAUACGUGAACGCAGGACAGUUUAGUGACAAUGCAGCGCCACAGAAGCUGUCUUUGGACGUUGUUGGAAACAUUAUAAUGUUAUUACUAAUGGUAAUAAACAUGUUUUUAUAGCACACAGCUUUUACAGAUUUAUGUAGUUUGAUGUCCACUGGUUUAUAUGGUCAUUGGUGUGUGUUGUUUUUUGGUCGCUGGAGAGUAAUUAUCUCCUGACCGGCGAAGCCAAGCAGAGGGAAAGUUAAACUUCUUUGUUUGUUUGUUACAUUCUGUUGUGUUAUAGUUUCGGAUGUAAAUAAUUCGUUUCUUAGUGGUGUUUGUGUAUUUAUUCUUUCCUGAUCCAAGGCACUUAUGAUAUCAAG